CGUCAGCUGCCUCGCUCUGUUAACUGUUGUGUGUGUAUGCUGUCAAACCCACCUCACUAUUCUCACCUGUUGGACGGUUGGGUUCAUCUCACCUGGGUCCUCAGACCCACAGAGACUCUGAUCUGUUCUGCUGAAUUGAACUGUGUUGCCACUUGCCUGUCAGCUGAUUAUCUCCUGCCGUAUAUUAACUGGUCUGUUGUCGGUUGAGCUGCAAUUGGGCGCAAACUUUACCUGUAAUAAGGUGGAGUUUACUGACUGUUUUUUCUUUCUUCAGAACAUUUAAGGAGCUCCGUCCUCUUUCCUCUGUAAAGCUGUUACCAUGGCAACGAAUACUAACUCCUCAUCCAAAUAUGACCACAUUACCUGCAAAGAUCUGAUCAAGUCAGGAUCUCCUACUGUCUGGCAGCUGAUACCGAAGAAAGAGAAUAUUGGAACUCUGACAAAAAUGACUCUUGGUGAAAGAAAUGUGACAAAGAUGAACAAAACCAUCUUACUUGUGGGUGAAACAGGAACAGGAAAAUCUAAACUGAUCAACGCUCUGGUGAACUACGCCAUGGGAGUGAAGUGGGAGGACAAUAUCUGGUUUCAGAUCGUAGAGGACGAGAAGAGAAGUCAAUCAGACAGUCAGACAUCAGAUGUGAUGGUGUACCAGAUCUUUGGUUUUGAAGAUAAAACUCUGCCCUACUCUCUGACCAUCAUCGAUACUCCUGGAUACGGAGACACCAGAGGGACCGAACAAGAUGUUAUCGUCAGUGAACGAUUAUUAGAUUUGUUCCGCUCAGAUGAAGGAGUUAAUGAGAUGAAUGCGGUGGGUCUGGUGCUGAAAGCCACUGAGAAUCGAGUGAGUGACCGACUGAGGUACAUCUUUAACUCUGUGGUGUCUCUGUUUGGAAAAGACAUGGAGAAGAAUAUAGUCACCCUCAUCACACACUCAAAUGGAAGAAAACCUACAAAUGUUCUGGAAGCACUCGAGGCUGCAGACAUUAAGUGUGCCAGAAAUGAUGAGAAUCAGCCUGUCCACUUCCUGUUUGAUAACUGCCAGGAGGAAGACAGGUCAAAGGGAACAAAAUACCUUCAACAAUCAGAUGAAAUAUCAAUGACAGGCUUGAGUCAGUUCACAGACUUCCUGGAAAAAACUGCACCUCAAAGGCUGGAAACCACUGUAGGUGUUCUGAACGAGCGAAUCAGGCUGGCAGCCUGCAUCAACAACCUGCAAGAGAGGAUCAAGUUCAUUGAACUGAAACAAAAAGCAGUCAACAAAAAUCAAGAGAGUCUGAAGAGAUAUAAACAAGAGAUGGAGAGCAAUAAGGAAUUUACUAUAGAAGUAAAGGAGGUCUACAAGGUCAAAAAAGAAGUCGGCAGAGAGAGGAGGUGGUGGGGGCUUUGGUUAAACUAUGGAGCAGCAGUCUGCUGUACUGUCUGUGAGGAGAACUGUCACUAUCCAUGCACACUGACCUGGUCUCCAAAACACUGUGAGGUCAUGGAUGAUGGCCGCUGCACUGCGUGCACCAGGAAGUGUCGUGCAUCAGUUCAUGUGAAAGAAAAGCAAUGCCUUACAUGUGACAAAAAGUGUGAGAAAUCAAAACAUAGGAACACUUUCUGGAUCUAUGAGUCCAAGACAAGAACAGUUCAGAAGACCGAGCAACAAAUGAAAGAGAAAUAUGAAAAGGGCAAAGCAGAAAGUGAGAAGUCAACAGACCUUUUGGAAACUCUGAAGAAGGAAAUAGAAGAACUUCAGAAGGAAAAGGAUGAGUGUCUGGAAGAGGCCUAUCAGCAUGUCCUCAGUCUGGAGAAGAAUGCCCUGAAUGUUAAUUCACUGUCAACUCACGUCCACCUGGACAUCCUGAUUGAGAAGAUGAAGGAGAAAGGAGACACAGAGAAACUGGAGAAACUCCAGAAACUGGAAGAGAUGAAAAAACGAAUGGAUGAAGAUAAAGGAUUCAAAGCAGCGCUGAGUUACGGGCUUGGUAGACUGAAAGCAACAUUUCAGAAGUAAAACAGAAUGAUUGUGAGCAGACAGCUGUGUAGGACAGGAGGUCUACACUGGAUAAAUCUGUCUCAUUCUGUAUCUAAAGGCUGUGAUGGUGAUGUAAUAGUGAGAACUAUAAAUGUUAGAUGUGUAGUUCCUCUGUGGGAUGUAAUGAAAGUUUGUUCUGGUAGUUUAAUGUUGCUUCACUGUUCAGAUCAGAGAACAGGCUGAGACACUCUGAGGAUUCUUUACUUUCUCUGUGGAACUUUAGUGUUUGAGUUAAGGAUUUAUUCUGGUGUUGACAGAAAUAAAUAUCAUACAGAUUAUAUACAUAUAAAGCAGUUCAACAUGUGAAUCAGUUUGUCCAGAAGAGCUGAAGUCAGACAGAAAUAUUCUGCUGUGU